AUGGCAUUCUUCAGCCGCACACAGGGUGGUACGUGGGGCGGAGCUCAGGGCGGAGCGCAGGGCGGAGCUUGGGGAACUGGCAGCCCAGUGGCGCAAAGCUAUGGGAACCCCACCCCUGGCCUGCCCAGCCGGGGUUUUGGCCAGCCUGUGACGGGCGGUUUCUUCAAUGACCAUGCAUCCAACAGCGGCCAGCUUCUUGGUUUUCAAGCGCAAGAUGUUGCAAACCAACCAGAGCUGGCUGCCCGAUCCGGCUGGGGUGGGUUUUCGUCAAGGAUGUUUGGCCCUAGUUCGACAAGUUUGCAGCCAAUCAGCGAGCAGGCCACGUGGCAACCUUCAACAACUGGGUCUGGUGCAGCUGGCGGAUUUGUCGGCCAGGAUGUGGCUGCUGGAGGGCAAUUGCAAGGUUGGUCCAUGAAUCCGCCGCAAUUGCAGACUGGCAUGGGGGCUACCAGGCGCUCGGCUCCUUCUUUUUCCGGGUUUUCCAGCAGCAUGAACAUGAUGGGCUCUCAGCUCUUGGCUGGCAGACGACCAAUGCUGGGAGGUUAUCCGGGACGGACGAUGGGCCAGGGCUUCGUGCAGCUACCGGUUUCUGAGGCAAAGCGCAAGGGCUGUGAUGGGCACAUGCCGGGCAGGGCCCUGUUGACAGUUGCGCGCCUGCUCUACCUCUUUGACACGAUUGGAGGCUUGCUCAUGGGCGUUGUGGCAUUUCUUGGAUGGUACUGUGCGAAGAAGGGCAUGGAUAUCACUUUGACAAGCUUAUGGGGUGUUGCGAGUGCAUUGCUGUUUAUGUACGACUUCUUUGGGGCCCUCACGGGCGCCUUGGUGAACACCUUCAAGCUUGAUUUCAUUAGAGUGGCAGUCCUCCUUGCUCUCCCACUUACGGACUUUCUAGCUGGCAGCUUCGCAUGGGAGCUCUUCAAGGAGCAUGAAAGAAAUGGCGGCCUUCUCAAGCCGCUCUUUGGAGGAGGACUUCCCACAGUGCAACGCUUGGAUGAGGAGCACGGCAGACUCAAGUUCGCGGCGGAGGGCCCAGCCCAGUAUCUGCCACGAGAGCACUACCAGGCGUACCCUCCUCCCACUGGCAACCUUCCUGGCCAGGAUUGGAGCGACCCUGGCUUCGGCCGUUGCUGCUGGCUGCCUCCGGCGCUGAGCAUGCAAGCUCUUCUUUGGCGCUGCCUCGCGACAUUGACAGACCCAGAGGCAGAGCGGAUGUUCCUAGGAGCGCAGGAGAUGAUGUCUCAGGGAUCAGGCCAAGCAAGCUUUGCCAGCGACGGGCAAACUUGGGUGGUGCAAGAGGAUGGGCUGUUCCGUGCUGCAUUCGGAGCUCAUGUGGCUGAGCCAUGGAACCGCGAGCGGCUCUAUCUUCAGCUGGAACGGUCUGUCCUGGCCAAGCCAGGGCAUUCGGACGAGCGUGGAGAACAACUACGAGCUGAUGAAGAUCGUGAGAUGCUGGGUUCAAAUCUCUGUGCACCGCGACUCAAUCCUCUAGAGGAAGUGUAUUGGUUGAACAAGCUGAGCCUUCGUUUUCGGUCACAGGUGAAAUCGAAAAGGCGCCAUUUGGUGGCCAGUCAGCUUUACGAGCUGCGGCUCGACGUUUGCCGAAUCUCCUUAUUCCAGAUUCCUUUGGCUUCAAGAGACUUGGCAAGAAAGCUCACCUCUUUGGAUGCCCUGGAGAGCCGAGAGACACGCGUAGCAGGUGAACUGCAGGAGCUGUUCCAUCGAUAUCAGAAGGAGAUGGAAAGCCACGUGGUCACACAGCUGGACAGCCGUUUGGACUUGUUGGUGGAUCGCGGUAAAGGAUGGCGGGCGGCGCUGGCUGAGGAUCGGCUGAAGCUCGCCAAGCGACUGAUGCUGAUGCGCAAGCUGCCCGAGAGGCUUACCGAAGAAGAUCUGCCGCACAGGCGUGAUGAAAAGGAGGUGCUGUUCGAAUCCAUUUGCAAGAGUCUGUAUGGCAAGUGGCAGUUGCACAUGGUCAAGACAUCCCCCUGCUGGACCUGCAAAAAGUCCCAGCAGCUCAUCGAACCGAACCUUUCGCUUCUUCACACGCUUGCUGUGGAAACGCGACACGGGGAUCAGACUGUUUCGCGGCACGGAGAGAAGAACGGAACUGAGGAUCGAGUGCAAAACAAGUGGGACAUGGCCAAGCGCGGCCCAGGCCAGCCAUCCUACCGCUUCGAACUUUCGCCCACCAUAGAGUUGACGUCUGCAGAGGCCUUGCGGUCUCGUGCUUUCGAUGGGAUCGUUGGAGAUGCAGAUGCUUCCGCGGCCGCGGAGGAGUUGAGCCGCAGACAACUAGCCAGCCGAGCCCGAGUUCGUGUGGAGUGCCGCGUUAGUGAUCGGGUUGUUGGGCGAAGCCCUUCAAUGCCCCUCAGUUGGGACACCAACAGCACCUCCUCAGCCGCAUCAUUGUUGGAGGAGGUUCCAGGAACUGUGCCCGGAGCACCUGAUUCUGUGCGGCCCGCGCACAGCUUUAACCUUGCAGUGCACGUGAUGCCCCAGAAUAUCUCUUUGCUGGUCUAUGUUUCGGCAGGAGGCCUACUGCCGCGCUGGCAGGCAGCGCGAGAGGUUCAGCUGGACAUCCCCAGCCCCGAGGGCAGAAGAGUGACACACGCUGCAGUUCUGGAUCAGCGACUCCUUUUCGGGCCAGGUUUCGAUGACCCGAGUGAGGAAGACGGGCUUCUGCUGCAGACUUUCAAAGGUGAGCUGGCAGUGUGCGUCUCCUGGCCUGGUGGAGGUAGAGGUGACUUUGUCGUGCCCCCGCCUGCGCCGUUGAAUGCUGAAGGCCAGCCCGCCAGCUUGAAGUGUUUGCCCUGCUUCAGCUCUGGGUCUCCCGUUUCGCAGAAGCAGGAGGUUAAGCCUGAAGAGGAGUUGGACAGGAUGCGCCUCGAUCCCCAGGCACCAGCAGCCGGAGAUGUUACUGCCGAAUACUCUGGGUUGAAGGGACACGAGACAGCGCGGCUUGAAGAAGCACACUUGUGUCGUCGGCGCAAGACAGCACUUGGUGAUUUGCAGGCGGGCUCCCCUAUGCGCGGGCUGCGCGUGGAGAAAUUGCUGCAGCGAAUGGAGCGGGAAGGCAUGGACUCCGAGCGGCUUCUGGUGCCUGGCUUUGAGCACGAGGUGAAGAUGGAGAAGCAGGAGAAACAGGAGCAAGAAGCAGCAGAUGCCAAGGCUGGAAAGCAAAAGGAGAGCGUGUAUCAGAUGGACUUCCGCAAGCGGAUUGAGGAAAGAACACGUAAGCUGGCUAUGGUGAAGACCCACAUGUCUUACAAGAGUAUUGUCCGCGAAUAUGGGGAGGAGGCGGAGGAAGGCAACCUACUUGAGCUUCUGGAACGCUUUCAGAAGAUAUUCCAGCCGAAGAGAACCUUGCGUCCAGCGGGAAGCCGCCGGAGAUUUGAAAGCAGCGUGAAAAGUAUUCGGGUCCACAUUUCGGUGGCAAAGGUUUACGACGCCCCGAUGCGCUGGCAGCAAGAUGCGCAAGCGCAGUCUGCCCCGCCACCGCUGAUGGAAGGCUUCCCGGGUUUGCAGACCUUCGGUGGAGGAGGUUUUCAGCGGCCACAACAGCUCGGAAGCCCUCUCAUCGGCUCAGCAGAGGGCGUGUUUGGUGCUAUGCCUCCUGGAAUACAGAGCCAGCAGCUACCAGAGAUUGUCAUUGAGAUGACUCUUCAGGAUUUCCACGGCAAUUUGCUCUUCAAGCGGACUGACCGCGCUCAGCAGUCUACAGAUCCGGACAUCAACCAGAUCCUGGAGAUUCCCCUGCAUGCAGCUCUGGAGCUAACCCAGGAAAACUUGAUAAAGUACAGUGGAGAGCUCACCAUAAACGUCUUCGACGAGCUCUCGCAAAGGCUGCCCGGAAGUGGCCAGGACGUGCGAGUGCGAACACAACUACGCCAUCUUGGAAAGUUCGUACUACCUUGGGAUACCCUGUAUGCUGCCAAGUGCAGCGUCAAGGGGCAUUUCCGUGUCGAUCAGCACGUGGUGCUUUUUGGGUACCGCCCGAAGACAGAGAAGCAGCGACAAAGUGUGCAAGCUGCGCCAGGAGGCAGCACAGUGCCUCCGCCGCCCCCGCCUGCCAACCAAGCCCCGCCGAAGGCAAUGUAUCUUGGUCUAGAUGUCACAGUCGACCCUCCGCUGGAGCACCCCACAAGAUCACCUUCAGAUCAAUUGAGCUGGCUUGCCUGGACCCAUCCCAUCCUUUGCUCCCCGCUGGUGGCCAAGGAAGUGGCACGAGUUGCUGAAGUCGAGGCAUGCGUCAACGUUGGCGUGCAGGUCGUGCAUGCGGGCCGUGUGGAGGCGCCAGCUCUGGUGGAUGGCUUGGUCAGUUUUGAGCAUCCGCUGCUGUCGGUUGGAGAGCAAGGCAAGCUCUAUUUCAACUGGUAUCCUCGCGUUGGGAACAGACGUGGACGGGCGCUCGCGUUUGAUUUGCCGGACCCGCUAGCAUUUGUCUGCACGCCUGGCUCAAAAGCCUCCACGUUCCCCGAUGGCGACUUUCUGCAACGGUGCACAGACCAGGAGUUUCUCGACAUUCAGUGUGGAGAUUGGGAGGAGCACUGCAUCCUGCUCUGCAACUUUUUCAACUACAUUGACCGCUAUCGGCGCGAGUCUGUAGGUGGGUACAGCACCACAGACAUACAGUCAUACUGCGUGAUCUGCGAUUUGGUGCCAGAAGGUGAAGCAGUGGUGGUAUUGCGAAUGGUGCUCCUGCAAGUUGACUUUGGCGUUGCGGUGCCGAGGGCAGAGAAUGGCGUGACUGUUCUCCUGGCCCAUAGCGCUAACUUUGAGAUGCAGACCUGGGCAUCUGCCUCGCUCUGUGGCCAGACACCUCAGAUCCAGCUUUGGCGCCUCCGCCCGCCGCCACGGACGCCGCAGACAUUUGCGGCACGCAAAGUGCGACGGCCUGUGCCGCGACAGGCAGAGGCACAGGCAACACCGGCGCCAAGCACUUCUAAGCCUGGACCAGUUACUCUUUGGACGCUGCUGGCCAUUUCAUGCUUGAACCUCAUGAGCUUCACGGCAAUGUAUCCGAUUACCCCAAAGCUGAUGAUACGUUAUUCUAUGAAGUCAGAAAUUGGUGUGGGUCUGGUCGCGUCCUCUUUCGCACUGGGUCGUUUUCUCACGACCUCUUGCUGGCCGAUUCUUGGUCGUAUGGUUAGGGGCAUCUCUGGAAUGUUCAGCGGAAUUGUGCCUGUGGUCAAAGCGUACAUUGUGGAUGCCUUUGACGCAGAGGAGGUGCCCAAGGUGCUGGCAUACCGAGAAGCUGCCGGAACAAUGGCGUUCAUUAUUGGCCCAGCUCUUGGGGGUGCCUUAGCUUCCAGGAUACUUUCAGCCCCCAUGUUUUUCUCCGCCUGCACGGGAGCAAUCGCAGCAGCAUUGGCGUUAAAAGUUCUACCGGAGCCCACGCAGAGAAGGAGUGGGAGAGGGCCAAAGAAGCCCACCACUUCAGCCGGGAGAAGAUCUCCUGUUCUGGCUGUAACCUUGCUGUUCUGCUCGUUCGUGUGGGCCUGUACCAGGACUUGCUUCCAUGCAUACUUCCCCCUCCUCCUGGCUCGCCGCUAUGCGCUUGCGCUCACAAACUUGGGAGCAGUUCUGACAGGCAUCUCCCUGACAAUUGCUGCUGUGCAGAUUGCUGGCUUUGAGAAGUGCCGGCAGAGACACGGCCUGGAAGUUACUAUGGUUCUGGGCGCUUUGCUGGUUCUAGCUGGGCUGGGCGCACUCUUCAGCCUGCCCGUCGGCACUUCCCUUGCAGGUGUCUUCAUCUGUGGAGCCGUCUAUGGCGCAGGCUGUGCACUGGUUUCGCCGGCUCUGCCCUCGCUGCUAGUACAAACUGCACCGCCGGGCCGAUGUGGAGCCCUUCUGGGCAUAGAUUCCGCCAUCGUGAACUUUGGACGUAUUGUCGCGCCAUCCGUCUUUGGUUUGCUAUAUCGAAGUGAUCAGGAGCUGACCCGGACCAUUUUUGUGGCCAAGGUUGUCACAGUCACCAGUACGGUCUGCUUCUUGGCUUUAUUUCUGAAGCGCCGCCACGCUGCCGACGAUGGUGGAGAGAAACCAGACCCCGGGCAGGCAUCAGUGCUCAAGGCACACCUGCAGAUCAUUGGUUGUGAGAGGGCCAAGAGCGCCCAGAAAGGGGUCGCAGCGUUGUCCUGGGACCUUGAUGAUACGAGCUGGAAGCCGCUCUUCGUCCAUGGCCGUGAAGAGUUGAGGCGCUUGUCAGGUUUCCCUCCAGAUCCAAAAGGUGAGGACGACGCAGCGCUGCAAGACCCAUCGAGAGACUGGCGUUUGGAGGACCCAUCUCAAGCCCUCAAGUACCAGCCGAAAGAUGAGCCUCAGGCUGCACGGCUGGAGAACAUUUUCCAGCUUCAGCUCGAGCAAGAUGUCAUUGACCAUCGAGCUGGCUUGAAAGGUACCAUCGUGAAGGACAGCAGAAGCACGAAGUUCAACCACGUCAUUGCUGACAGGCUGGGCCAGCUGCUGGAAGGAUUGGAGACGCUUUCCAACUGUUCUCGGCGCAGCAGCUACGAGUCUGGCUUUCCACUAAAGUCACAUGCAACACCACCUGUGACUUUAGAGGCCAUCGAGGCCCAAAUGCACGAAAUCGAGAACGAUUUCCGAAGGAUGGGGCGGCCUGGGCGGAGUGUCUUCGGCCUGCCCUUCAAUGAGCCGUACAAAGACUACAGCCUCAUCUGGGAUGCCAUCAGCCAGUCCCGCAUCUUGGAGCUGGGCGGGGACCAAGCGGACUACGCGCUCAAGGUCAGAGUGUUUCCGUAUGCUGCUGGGGUGCUGAGUAUUUGGGUCUUCAUUGCCGCCGCAAUGGAUGUGGAUUGA